AUGGCCCCCUCAACUACUGACGGUUGCUCCUUCCUCGGUUGGCUUGGCGCCGCCAACACUGGUGCAACUGUGAGUAUGCUGGUGUUCAGUGUUCCCCCACUCCACCCCAGGAACGACGCUCGCUCUUUCCCGGUGUAUAUUGCCCCGUUUCGCACCUGCCCACGCCGACGACCGGCCGCUGAAAAUUGCAGCCACCGCCGAAAGCGCAGAAACAACGUCUGGUUUUUGCAGGCAAGAGACACUCGCCCGUGCACCUCCCUUGCACUUUCUGCCUUUGCCAUGAACGCUGGCAUGGCAGGCAUGACAGGCCAGCAUGGUGGUAAUGCGGCGUAA